AUGUAUAUCCGAGGAAUUGACGAACCCCUCAUAUCCCGGAUAUUCGCCAUAACCCUAACUGUGGCAGCACAGGCGUGGUUUUCAACUCUUCCUGCUAAUUUCAUAGGCUCAUUCGAGGAAUUCGGACAAAAAUUCCUCUUAAACUUUGCAACCAGCAAAAAGCAUCCCAAAUCCGAGUUCGCUCUCGAAAAGAUACGACAACAACCCGGAGAAACCCUCCAGAAAUAUCUUAAUCGGUUCAAAGACAUUGCAUUGCAGGUCCCCAGGUUGCAAGAGAAUGUCCACGUACACCUCAUUGUGGCUGGUUUAGAUGGUGCUUCUAGGCUAGCCAAGUCGGUCUACAAGGACCCGAUGAGGACGUUGGAGGAAUUCAGAACUCGUUCGAAGAAAUAUCUCGAACUGGAGCAAAUGGAGAUUGCAAAUGCGCAAUCUGAAGAGGGCAAAAGAGUUAGCCCGAGAAGGAGGAGCCUGGCCCCAAAGGGGAAAGAACGGGUGGACAAUAAGAAAAAAGACCCACGCGCUAGAGUCCCGGACAUGAGGGAUCGGGUUGGAAGAUAUGACAAGUAUACGCCGUUGAAUGCGUCGCGCUCUCAAAUCUGGAGGGAAGUAGCAAUGACAGAAAUGAAGAAGGUGGACCGACCCCGGCCUAUAUUUGACAGAGGAGGUUUGGACAACUCCAAAUAUUGUGCCUUCCAUGAUGGGUCGGGCCACACAACUGAUCAAUGCUGGGAUCUCCGAGAUGCGGUGGAGAAAUUUGUGAGAGAUGGAUGA